AUGUCUGCCGUCAGCCCGCCCAGCGGGCAACUGGCGCAGCCGACGGCUUUCAUCGCCACACCAUCAGGGUUCAACGCCAGCGGCGCUGCCCCGUCCUUCGUCAAGGUCUACUGCGGCAACGACGAAUGUGUUCCGUUCAGCAAGCAGUGCACUAGCGACGUCUUCCAGGGCGUCCUCUCCGACCUUGCAAACCGCGUCAGCAAGCAUGAAGCGCAGGAUCAGGCCAGUCGCAGUCACCGCGUGAAGACUGUGGGAAGUGCCGCCGCGGCAGACGGGGCAGCCUCGGCUUCGGGGACUGUGGCUGGAAGCGGCGGCAGCGACGGCAAGGGUGAGUCGACGCCGCCGGCUUCAGAAGAUCGUGUGGGUACUGCGGGGACCCGUAGCAGGGUGGUGAAGGGGGGCGGUGCUGGUGCGAAAAAGAAGCAAUCUGCGCCGCCGCUGUCUACGUCACCGCCGCUUCUGCUACCAUCAAAGGGUGUUGCCCCGGCUGCGCCAUCCACAGAGCCCUUCCACUCCACCAACACCUCACCCACCACUGAUACAGCCGCUGCGUUGGUAGGUGACCCGCUUGCAGGUGAGAGUGGUGUUCGUGUGGCAUGUGAUGUGUACCGCCGCGCGGAGCUGCUGCCGCUCAGUUUUGUGCGCGAAGUCGCGUCGAACAGCCGGGUGACGGCACUGUACAAGCAACACCUUCAGCUUCAAGAGGAGCUCCAGCGCCAUCAGCUCGAGCAACAGCAGAUACAACAGCAGAGGGAGGAGGAUGAUGACGCUGCCUCCGCCGCGGCUGCCAAGGCGGCGAAAAACGAUGCGGCAGAUGCCGCAAGCAACCAGAGCACUGCAGGCCGCGCGGGUGGGAAAGGAGGCAAGACACCGAGCAGCAAGCCCGCUCCUCGACGGUGCGGGAUGCCAAGCGUGGGCCGGGCCGGUAGCGCCGUCUCCGGAAACCGAGUUCCAUGUUCUGCUAGCUCCGCUGCAACUUCUGCGGUCGCUGCGACGGCGCUGGCUGCCCAGAUCCGCACACAGCUCUGGACCGCUUUGCGGAACACAAUCCCCUUCUUCGGCGUGUUGACGAUGCCCGUUCACACACCCAUGGAGCCCCUUAUCAGCCUGCCAGCAUCGGCAUCUGCAAGUGGUGCGAGCACCGCCGCUGCGAGGGCCGCGGCAGCGACAACGACGCCGCCGGCGGCAGGUGUGGCGUCCGCGGCUACGGCCGUCUGUAGCGGCUCUUAUGUGCUGCUGGGGUGCCGCGAGCGACCGCGCGAGGAAAGAAUUUCGGCCGACGCAUCACCGGUGGCUUCCCAAGCGGGGCGGUGCGCUUCCGGCGCUCUGUCCGUCAUCGGCGGAGCUGCUGCGUGUGCAAGCAUGUCUACUGUGGAGCGGCUGGUGGAGCAGGCCCACGAGGCAUCCGUGACGCGGCUUCCGCCCCUCAGUAGUGACGCUGUGCUUCGCAGCAACGGCGGCACGAACGCGUUCGGGGCCAACGGCGAAGGUGGAAAGCGGUCACCGCGAAAGCAGCGCUUGCACCCGAGGGAUCUGCAGGCGCAGAUGUCGCAGCAGUCGCUGCCGCUGCGGUGCACGCUGCACCCCACCACCAACCGUGUCGUGCCGAUGCUGCCUCCGCUUCCAGAUGACAUCGCGGCCGGCUACGGCUCUGCGAGGCUGGUGACGAGGUCGCUCGGUCCAUCUGCUGCGGACCCCAGCGGAGACGCGGACGACUCCACGACGCCGUCGGGAACUUACAUCAGCAGGAUCGCGGCUAACGGCCGCGGCUGCGGUAACCCCGAUCGAGCACAUCGACGCUCCUUAGAUGAGCCCGCCGACGACUUUGUAAGCGCAGUGAGCGCCUCUGCGGCUGCUGGUCUGAGACGCCCGCUGUCGAGCUGUAAGGAUGCGCUACCGACGGGGGUUGCGAAGGGCAGCGCCGGCGCUGGGCCGCUCUCCGACGAAGUCGGCAUCGAAGGUGACGAGGAGGCAACGUUAAUGAACGCACAGCAGCCGUCGAAUGCUGCUGCCGCUUCAUAUGACCCUCUCUCUCCAUCUACCUUGCUGCAUGCGAGUUCGGCCGUGGGACCGAGCGGCAGCACGCACCGGGACGGUGACGGACCCGGAAAAGGAAUGGAGCCAGGUGUACCCCUCUCCGCAGCCGCCAUCGCCCGCCUCGCGCCUUCCACUCGGUUUACGGUGCAGCUGUCCAGCUGCAGCGUAACCUUGACUACGCAGCCCCGGAAGGGAGCGGGGAUGAACGCCGCUGACGCCGCAUCCGCCAACACCACUGGCGCGGCAAACAGCAUCAGCGGUACCGGUAGGAUUGCCACCGGCUGUGGUGAGGUCGAUACCUAUGCAGACGAGCUUACCCUCGUGUUUGACGGGCUGGAUGUGCUCUGGCACGGUCCCAAUGGCGAGGAGGCGUUGCUGCAGUGGGUGCUGGACGAGUACUCUAUUCUACUAAAGCAGCGUAUGGCGGCCGCCAUGGCGCAGUGGACGUCGAUGGUGCACGCCCGUGACACCAGCGCUGGCGCCGCCAGCGAGUCUUCCUCCAAGGCGAACAAGAUGCGGCGCCAACUACCGAGCGAGCGUGUACGGGCGUAG